UUCAAAAUGGCGAUAAAAAUCAAACUUUUUUUCAAAUGAAAAAUUGUUGAAAAAGUACCUUGUUUAUGAUAUCAAGACCAGAAAUGCUGCUCUUUUUGUGUAGUGUUUGUUGUGAGGAAUAUCCGAAAUGAAGAAGGCUGUGGUCAAACCACCAGAUGCCAAGCCAGAGCUCGAUAAAAUCAAACGGGUUUAUCGAGCUGCUGUCGAUACAAUCAAGCGUCUAGAUGACAUCACCAAACAGAAGAAAUCUUACAAGGAAAUAUUCUCAGCAGAUGCCAUUGGUCUACGUGGAAAGUUGCGAGACUACUGUGAGCGGCUGAUGUUUUAUGACCCAGUGGAGUAUGGACGCAAGGCUGAGGAACUGUUGUGGCGUAAAGUCUUCUAUGACAUCAUACAGCUCAUGAAGCAGAACAAGAAGCACAUGAGACCAGGUAACUCUAUGCAGACAGCAUUCAGAACACAUCUUGCUGCAGCUGAGGGCUUCUACCACCAUCUCAUCUUCAAGCUGCAGAAGGAGUACCAUGUAGAUGUCUGUGGCCUGGUUGACUGUCAUCUGUUACCUGAGCCUAGAUCUCACAAGAAGCACCACCCCCAGAAGAGGUCUGACAUUGAUCCUGCAGUACAUGAAUGGGCAAUGAGGGCAUGCCACCGUUGCCUUGUCUACUUGGGGGACUUAGCCAGAUAUGCUCAAGACAUUGAAGGCCUGAAAAGUGUCAUCUUAUCUGAAAGGUGUUACUACCAGGCCAUUGCCCUCUAUCCCACCUAUGGCAUGCCACACAACCAACUAGGCACUUUAGUAGGAACCAAGCACUAUAACUGUGAGGCUGCAUACCAUUAUAUGCGAUGUUUACUAUGCACUAAUAUCUUCGAGGGAGCAUCAGGAAAUCUCCAAAGAUUAUUUGAGAAGAACCGGAAACGUUAUGAAGAGCUCUCUAAAGUCUCUCCUAGAGAUCUUCCUCCUGAGUUACAAAGGUAUGUCAUAUACUUGAAGUUACAUUGUUACAUACAGUAC